GAUCGCCGGCCAGACCCGAUCCACAUUUCGUAUCUGCUUCUCCUUCACUCCAUUCCCAUCCAGUUUCUGCAGUUCAACGAAUCGGUUCAGGAUCUAGGGCAUUGAGUGAUUUGGAUCACUUGGAAGGGUAAAACCCCAGGUUUUGAGAAGUAGAGCGUGGAUGCAGAGUUCCACUAGCUCGGCGGCGGCCCAACCGGAGGCAAUCUUGGAGUGGCUUCAGAAGGAGAUGGGAUAUCGGCCUUUAGGGCCAUACAAUGCGUCCGCAAAAUCAACGGCUAUGCCGACGGCAGAUUCUCUGAGGAAGAUAUGCCGCGGGAAUAUGAUCCCAGUGUGGAACUUUCUGUUGACUAGGGUGAAAUCCGAGAAGACGGUUGAGAAUAUCCGCCGGAAUAUUCUGGUUCAUGGUGGAGACGAUGGAUCUGUCAGUAGUAGUAGUAGUAGCGCUAAUGGUGAUUCCAAGAAGGUGGUGGAGAAGAGUAGAGGGAGGAGAAAGGAGAGGUCCGGGAUAGGGAAGAAGAGUUCAAGUUUGGGAUUAGCUUCUGCUGAGAAUAGUAAAGAGAUUGCUUUGCAGGAAAGAUAUUUGGCCCAGAAGGAGGUAGAAAGGCUUAGGCAAGCAGUGGGGCAGCAGAGGAAGGAGUUGAAAGCCCGGAUGCUGGAGGUCUCAAGAGAGGAGACUGAACGCAAGCGAGUGAUUGAUGAAAGGUGCAAUUACAGACACAAACAGGUGAUGCUUGAAGCUUAUGAUCAACAAUGCAAUGAAGCAGCAAAGAUUUUUGCAGAGUACCACAAGCGUCUCCUUGACUAUGUUAAUCAAGCAAAGGAUUCUCAGAGGUCAAAUGUCAAUUCGUCAGAUGAGAUGGUAUCUACUUUUCAGCAUAGCUACGAAAAAGAAUCUGGUUACUCAACAGAUAAAGGGAAAAAAGCAGCAGAUGGUGUAAUUCUUAUUGAAACAGCAUGGGAAAGAAAUAUUCGGAAAGCUUGUGAGUCUCUGGCAGUGCAUAUGGCAGAAAAGAUCUGCAUCUCUUUUCCAGCUUAUGAAGGAAAUGGAAUCCACUCCAGUCCUCACCUUGAGGUUGCAAAUUUGGGUAUUGAUGUGGAUGUACCUGAUGAAGUUAAGGAUGCCAUUAGAUGUUGCUUAAAAAACCCUCCUCAAUUUCUUUGUGCCAUCACUGCAUACUCUCAAAGACUAAAAAAUUUAAUUAGUGCGGAAAUAGAAAAAAUUGAUCCCAGAACUGAUGCAGAAAUGCUAAGAUACAAGUAUGAAAAUAACAGAGUUAUUGAUGCUUCAAGUCCUGAUAUAAAUUCACCAUUACAAUACCAGCUUUAUGGAAAUGGAAAGAUAGGAGGUGAUACCCCUUCAGGGGGUACAAAAAACCAACUACUUGAAAGACAGAAAGCACAUGUUCAGCAGUUUGUUGCUACUGAAGAUGCAUUGAACAAAGCUGCGGAAGCUAGAAAGGUUAUCCAAAAGCUUUUGCUGCGGCUGCAAGGAACAAGAGAUGCAAUGUCUUCACACACACUUGUUAUUGGGGGGACAUCACAGUCUAUGGGCAGUCUCAGGCAACUUGAGCUUGACGUUUGGGCAAAGGAAAGAGAAGCUGCUGGAUUGCAAGCUAGUGUGAAUACGUUGAUGUCUGAAAUUCAACGAUUAAAUAAAUUAUGUGCAGAGCGAAAGGAAGCUGAAGAUUCUCUGAGAAAGAAAUGGAAAAAGAUCGAAGAGUUUGAUGCUAGGAGAUCUGAACUUGAGUCCAUCUACAAUGCGUUGCUUAAGGCUAGCAUGGACGCUGCAUCAUAUUGGAGCCAACAGCCAGUGGUAACAAAAGAUUAUGCAGCUCGCACUGUUAUCCCUGCUUGCAGUAUUGUUGUGAACUUAUCAAGCAAGGCGAAGGAUCUUAUUGAGAAAGAAGUGUCUGCUUUCUCUCAAACUCCGGAUAAUACUCUAUACAUGCUUCCAUCAACACCCCAGGCACUCUUGGAGUGUUUUGGCAGCAAUGGUUCUACUGGACCAGAAGCUGUGGUUGCUGCUGCAAGGAAUGCUGCUAUUUUGACAGCCAAAGCCGGUGCAAGGGAUCCAUCUGCAAUUCCUUCUAUAUGUCGCAUAUCUGCUGCACUUCAGUCUACUGCAGGCUCAGAGGCUGCUCUAUCGUCAGUGUUAGAGUCUAUGGAAUUUUGCCUAAAACUUCGGGGCUCUGAGGCUUGCAUUCUUGAAGAUUUGGAGAAGGCAAUUACUUUGGUCCAUUCACAGCGGGAUCUCAUUGAAAGUACCCGUGCAUUGUUAGAUCAUGCUUACCGUGCACAGCAUGAAUAUGAAAGGACGACAAAUUACUCUCUAAACCUUGCUGCUGAACAAGACAAAACUAUCACUGAGAAAUGGUUACCUGAACUGAGGAAUGCAGUUAUUAACUCUCAGAAGUUCCUGGAGGACUGUAAAUAUGUUUCGGGAUUGUUGGAUGAAUGGUGGGAACAACCAGCAUCAACUGUUGUUGACUGGGUACUUGUUGAUGGACAAAAUGUUGGUGCUUGGAGUAAUCGUGUGAAACAACUUCUUGCAUUCUACGACAAGGAACUUCUGUGAAAGGUUGUAGUCUCACUACGUAAAAGUUGUUAACGUUAGUCGAAAUUGUGUUGCCGAGUGUAAAAUUGUGGAGCAUAUUGAUAACCUGCUCGAUAUGGUACGGUUUUGGUUAAAUUUAUGGAAGAUUAGUUAUUGUCAAUGAUUUGUUUUAGCUUACUUCUUCAAUGUAUAUAUGAAUUGUUAUUUUUGUUUCAUGAAGCUUUUAAUUCUAAACUAAAGUUCUUGAUUGUAU